AUGGCUACAAACUUGAAACCAAUGCCAUGGUUUUCUCAGCAACACCAUGGUGAAGCUUUGGCCCCAUAUUGCAAUAUAUGGAUCCAAACAGAUCUUAGUAGGAGGAAGAGUUUUGAUUUGAUGAGAAAAGUAGAGUGUUUGGGAGUGGGGAUAAGUGAGAGGAAAAGGUUGUUUCUGAGGUGUUGCAAAAAUGGUGAUUUUGGGAAUGGAUGGAAUUGGAUGUCUGAGACUGAGGAGUUUGUGAAGAUAAUGAGAGAAGCUCGUCCAUAUUUUCAGGCACAUAAAGGCAAUACAUUCGUCCUCAUAUUAUCCGCAGAAAUUGUUGACAGUCCUUUCUUGGGUUCCAUACUCGAGAGAGAAGGCUUCAAAGAGAAAAACGAUAAUAAGCAGCGUGCUUAG